AUGGGUGAGAAUGCGAUUAUUUCCUCUGAAUUGAAUCCAUUAAAAUGCGCCAAAUGCCUACAAGUAAUAUCUGAUCCAAAAAGGCAACUCUUCAAUUUAGGAACUCAACAAGCCUAUAAGAUUGCCUUGUCAGCAUUGUUAUUGUAUGGAGUGUAUUCGUUACAACACCGAAUGUCCAACUUGCUCCUUACCGUUCGAUUCUAAUAUUCUGAAGAUUGAUCCGAUUCUGAAUUAUCUUCUAGAUUCGGCCAAGGAAUUAACAGAACCUUGCGCGAAUUGUGACCAAUGUCGGCAUCCCAUGUUCUUUUGUGAAACCUGCCAACAACCUUUAUGUCAUGAAUGUAGAUUGUCCACUCAUCAAGCAAAAAUCUUCUCCUCUCAUCAAAUCUUACCAUUGGAAGAGAGUGGGAGACUAAGAGGGAACUUACAAUGUAAAGAACACAAGUCUCCGUAUGUCCUUUUCUGCUCCGAAUCAAAGAGUUUGAUGUGUAUCGAAUGCUUUAAUGGAUCAUCUGUUGAUAAAAGGUAAUCUGCUUUGAUAGCUUUACUAUUUUAUCAUAGAAAUCACUUUCUGAGUAUUGAAGUUGCUCAUAAAUCUUGCCAAGACAGACUGAAUGAGAGUGUCAAACUAUUGAAAAGCUUCCAAAACGACCUCAAAGAACAGAUCGAAGUCAGAAAAAGUGCUCAAGAACAAGUUCAUAUGAAUUCCGAUAAUAUUCAAAAAGAGUAAGUCCAAUUAAGAGUAUGAUUACCUGAUUUAGGAUCGAGGAACAAUAUGAAAUAAUGGUUGAAAAAAUCAAAGCCGUCAAGAUGAGAGUGAUUGAGCGAGUUAAGAUGACCGAAAACGAUAAAACAAAUCAAAUAGCAAAACAGAUCAAGACGCUAAUUAACAUUGAGGUAGGAUAUAAGAAAAUGAUGACUAUAUCAGGUAUGACUAUAACAAUUCCAGGCUCCAAUCAAGUUGAAUCUCCUGAGUGCCUCAGUUUUCUGUUCGUACGCAUCACAAUUAGACCUACUUCACUCGUUUUCCUCCAUCUUGGACAAUAUCAAAUUGAUAUUGGCACAAAAAAUGGAGAAAAUUCCGUCAGAUGGCUUCGGAACCGUCAACUUUGUCGGUCAAUUUGUGAGCUCUGUAGAGAAUGAACUUGAUUUCCCGAAGCCUCAGGCCUCCCACACUCUUCAGCAAUCCGUAAAUCAGCUAUCCCUACAGUUAUUCAAUAACAACUUAAAUGAAGUUGAAGAAGACAGCGAGAGCAGCAAGGGAUCUUAUGCAUCAUACGCCUUCAGAAAUAUGAUCCUGCGAGAUCCCAGUUGUGUGCUGGAAUACGGAUCUACAACAUUCAACGAGCAACUCCAACGAGUUGAGAAUCCGUUAAAGGACUUCGUUAACGAAAGAAAUCAUAUAUCCAAUACUCUUCUGGAAGUGCAAAGAGACAUUACUAAACGUCGAUGUAUAGUUGACAAAACGUUGAUCGAAGAAUUAACCAGUAGUUGUGAAUCACUAAAUGCUCGGCUGGACGGGCAUUUGCAGGUGGUUGAUGAGGUCGAGGGAGUUCUUCAAGAUCUUUGGAUGGAGCAAUUCGACCUUCUCCGAAGACAAAACGCCAUAUUCCAACAGAAGAAAGAAGAGCUGGCUUCCCUCCAACGAUUCUCCCAACAAAUUCUAGAUGCCGUCGUGAAAGUCAAGACGGUCAGCAAAUUCCUAUCUUCGGUUAUAUCAGUUGUGGACGAAAGGAGAAGUGGAACAACAGCAAUCCCACCAAUGGAACAGAUCUGCAUGCAGAUACUGACAUUAUCUCCAGACUCAAAACAACGAUGUGAAGCUAUUGAAAAGGAAGAAGAAAAUAGAAGACUGGCAAAGGAGAAAGAGAAAUUGUUAACUCAAAAGGAAGUUAGACAACUCCCAAAGAAUCUAAAAGAGACUCCUAAAAAGGCGAGGCCUGUGUCUAUGAUUAUGAUCGAAAACAGUCGGGAUCGGCAACCAGUGCCAUUAAUCUUGAAGAAGAAGAAAAGAACGUAGGUUUAUUUAAUACUAAUGUAAAUGUAUUUUAGGAAACGGAACUCCCAAUCAGAUGAGAGUAGUGGGAUCAGAAGUCCAUCUCCCAAAGGAUUGUUCUCAUCCGCCACAAGCCUGGAUACGAUAUCUCUGAACGCUGGGGGGUUUUACUCCCCAACGUCUCUAAGUCCUGUGCCCCAAAAAGAAAAACCAAUAACAGAAGAGAUGGUGAGAUCUACAAUAAAAACCAAGCUAGAAUCGCCGACCAUCCCUGGACCAUCUAUGACCUCGCCUCCAGUCUCUCCAAUCGUCAAACCCAAACCUCAGAUCCCACUUCCACCGAUCACUCCACCCCGAUUAGAAAUGAGACCGCCGCCUCCUCCACCAUCACCCAAGAUUCCAGACGGAGGUUCAAAUGCAAUAUCAUCAAGACCAGAGACCCCAAAAACACCCAAAUCCUUGCAAUAUGGGGCUAGUUUGGGAGGGAACACGCCUUCGGAAGAAACAAUCAAAGCCCGGGAAAUGUUGUUACAAUCAAUCAAGGAGAGAGUAAAACGAAUUGAUUAG